UUAUAGGAUAAAGUAGACACUGCGUUGUCUGAAGAUGAAGAAGGGGGUGAUACAUCUCAUAUUGGAGAAAUUUCAGAUGGCAUUAGUGUUAUGGCAGAUGGAAUGGCUCCAAUACCAGGUGGGCCGUUUUCAGCUUUAACUCCUUCCAUGUGGCCUCAGGACAUAUUACUCAAGCUUGUACAGCAACCAGAAGACCCGAAUUCGCAACCCGAUUAUAGAUUUGACGAGUUUGGUUUUCGAGUGGAGGAGGAAGAUGGCCCUGAACAAAACUCUAAUAAACUCUUAGGCAUUCCAUUUGUAGAAGACCCACAACACAGAUUGCAGUGGGUUGCCCAUUUAGAAUUCAGUCACAGUAAAGAAGCAUCUGAUUUGACAUGGGAUAAAGUUGAUGUGCGCCUUCCACGAACUGAGAAGUUGCGGUCGAUGGUAUUUGCAGGUAUUCCCCAUUCUCUACGACCACAGAUGUGGAUGCGAUUAUCAGGAGCGCUUCAAAAGAAAAUGUCAUCAGAAAUGAGUUAUAAAGACAUUGUGAAAGCUUCAAGUAACGAUGCUUUAAUGACAUCGAAGCAGAUAGAAAAGGACCUUUUGCGGACAAUGCCUGGAAAUGCCUGUUUUAGCAAUAUCACAAGCACCGGAAUAUCACGCCUUCGCCGCGUUUUAAGGGGCUUGGCAUGGUUAUAUCCUGACAUAGGGUAUUGCCAAGGAACUGGCAUGAUGGCAGCAUCGUUACUUUUAUUGAUGGAAGAGGAAGACGCGUUUUGGAUGAUGAGUACUAUAGUUGAAGAUCUUCUUCCGGCAUCGUAUUAUUCUUCCACAUUAAUAGGUAUUCAAGCUGACCAGAGAGUUCUACGCACAUUGAUUUGUAAUUACUUGCCUGAUGUUGAUAUGGUGUUGAAAGAACAUGACAUAGAACUGAGUUUGAUAACUCUUCAUUGGUUUCUAACUCUAUUUGCGUCGGUUGUACAUAUGAAAAUUCUCUUACGCAUUUGGGACUUAUUUUUCUUCGAUGGAUCAAUUGUUCUCUUCCAAGUUACUCUAGGAAUGUUGAAAAUCAAAGAACCUGAACUCAAGACUUUGGAGAACUCUGCCCAAAUAUUUAAUGCACUUUCUGAUAUUCCGGGUGACAUAGAAGAUGUGGAUCAACUUCUUGAUGAGACAAGUCAAGAAAUCAAAAUCGAGACAAAUGAAGAGGACAUUAAAUCGAAAAAUAUCCGUCAAACAGAAAUUCUGGUUGAUUUAAGAGAGGCUAUUUUGCAAGUGGCUAGACAUUUUAUAUCCGUAGAUCCUAAACUGUGCAAAGUCGUCCUUGUGCCUGAUUAUUCAAUGGAAAGUCAUGCUCAAGAUCAUGACAACUAUGUUAAUGUAUCCCAGAAUCGCAAACGUAGAGCAAAAGCUCUUCUAGAUUUUGAACGCCAUGAUGAUGACGAACUUGGUUUUCGUAAAAACGAUAUCAUCACAAUCGUGAGCCAAAAGGAUGAACAUUGUUGGGUUGGAGAACUCAAUGGCCUCAGAGGGUGGUUUCCUGCCAAAUUCGUGGAACUUCUUGAUGAACGUAGUAAACAAUAUUCUUGUGCUGGCGACGAUAGUGUUUCUGAAGUUGUAACAGACCUUGUGAGAGGAACUUUAUGCCCAGCUGUGAAGCAGGUUCUAGAACAUGGAAUGAAGAGACCAAAAUUUUUAGGGGGACCUUGUCAUCCUUGGCUUUUUAUUGAAGAAGCCGCCACAAAAGAAGUAGAGAAGGAUUUCAAUUCUGUAUAUAGUCGUUUGGUUCUGUGUAAAACAUACAGACUUGAUGAGGACGGGAAAGUUCUGACACCAGAGGAGUUACUAUACCGCUGUGUGCAAGUUAUCAAUCUGUCUCAUGACAAUGCUCAUGCACAAAUGGAUGUGAAAUUGCGCAGUCUGGUGUGCUUAGGAUUAAAUGAACAAGUCCUACAUUUGUGGCUUGAAGUUUUGUGCUCAUGUGUUGAAGUUGUUCAAAAGUAUCAGCCAUGGAGUUUUGUAUAUAGCCCUGGUUGGGUUCAGAUCAAAUGUGAACUACGUGUACUCUCUCAAUUUGCUUUUAAUCUCAAUCCAGAUUGGGAAUUACCUGCUAAGAAAGAACAGUCUCAGCCAUUGAAAGAUGGUGUGCGAGACAUGCUUGUCAAACAUCACUUGUUCAGUUGGGACCUUUGAAGUGAAGAUAGUAAAGGACACUUCUGCUUUCCAAAUAAACUAUGCUUAUUAAUGUUUUUUAUGUUUGUUUGUUAUUUUUUUACUUCAAAACACACACAAACGUACACUCUGAUUUCAGGGACAGUAGAGGAGCCAAACUGUCAGUUUACAUAUUCUAGAAUUUCAAUUGCUACAUGAAAGUGUUUGUUUAUUAAUAAACAAUUGGAAAACCAAUAAUGUACAUUCAUACCAGCGUAAAAUGUAAAAAUUUGCAAUAGUGCAAUUAAGUAUUAUUAUAUAAAUAUCAACAAAACAAUUAAUUUGAAAUCUAAUUUUAAAAAAUAGUAUAAACAAACUUUUAAUUAAUUUACAUUGCAUUUUUUGCAAUUUGUAACAAAACAUAUUGUUAGUGUUGGCAGAUAUUAUUUAGUCUGACAUUCUGACUUUCACCAUUGAUAUUGAAAAUUAUUUAAAUGUUAGAUACACUUCAGCAUGUUUGGAAGAUAAUAUCCAAGAGACUAAGAAGAGAAGAAUGUAAGACAUUUCUUAUGCAAUAUGAGUGGUUAUGAAUGUUAAAUAUCUUUUGAAAACUGGGAGGAGGGGGGGAGUUAAAAGAGUCUUUUGAAAGAAGUGAUAUUACAUGGGUAGAUUGUGGAAAGUACAGGAUGUGAAAUAAAGGCAAAUAAAUCUUCAGAAGUUGCCCCACUUUCUGUAAUUAAUAUUUUCUUCACAGGGCAACAGGUCUAUUUAUUCAAUGAAGCAGUGCAUGUUGAAGUGUGACAUAUUGAACAUGCGUAAUCUGUUUUGGGGGGGGCUGAGACUUUUUUUUUUUAAGGAAAUAAUCUGUUUAACAUUUUUAUUGGUAUGAAAAAUUAUAGUAUGGUAUCUUUUAUUGCCUUUGUUGUUGUCUUUCCUAUAGUAUUUCCUUUUUAUUUUCGGGUUUUGCACUAUCAAAUGUGUGUAAAACUGAGUGAUUGUGGUCAUUGUGUAUCUGCUGAGUUUCAUCAUUUUUGUCACAUUUAACAUAAGAGGAAGUUAGGUUAAUUUUUAUUUUUAGAAUAGAACCUUUAUUAUCUGGAAUAAUCACUGGGAAUUGGGUCCGUGGGAAAUCUAAAAUUAGAGAUGUGAUCAAAAUACUUUUAUUGGUUCAAAUGUGUUAAUGUUAAGAUAAAUUUAGGAAAAUUAAUAUGUAUUAAAAUUUUCAAAAGUACAGUGUACUUAUCAAGUAAUUCAUAUCAUUUUGGUAUGUAUUGCAAUUUUAGUUGCAGAAAUAUCCUAUCGCUAACUCUUUUUAAAAAUUCUUUCAAUUCACUUUCAUUAUGAAACAGACCAGAAUAAUAGUAUUUUCGGCUUAUCAAGCCCUGGAUAAUGGAUGUUUUACUGCAUUUCAAUUGAAGGGCUGAGUGCAAUAGUAGUCUAACCCUCAAAAAAUGAAAAAUAAGUUAUUGACACAAUUUAUUAUCUAAGAAGAUGACAAGAAUCUUUGUAGAUUGUUGGUUUGACCAGUUUUCCUCCAUAAAGUUAAGAAUAAAGUCACCAUUUUUUCUCUCCACAACUCUUUCUAAUUACAACUAUGAAACUUGAUUUGUCUCAGUUUUCUUGAAAUGUGGCUUUGACCACUAUUUCACUGACCCCUUCAGUUUGAUUUGUAUUGUUGUAUGUAUUCAACUAAUUUUUUUUUACUUUUUAAGGAAUGUACAAUGUUCCACUCUCUUGAACCACUUUAAUGCCACAAUGAAAAUAAUGAUCUAGAUGCAUUUGAAGAACAGUAGAUUGGGGUGUCCAAAGCUAUCUCAUUUAGUAUAGAGACGCAUAAAGCAACCAAAUUCUUGUCCCAACAAAGCUUUCUUUUCUUUUUUACAAUUUGAUCAUAAGAAUUUUGUCUUUUGUACCACCUUGUCUUGCAUGUUCAGCUUAUUUCAACAUAAACUGUCAAUUUCAUCUCUCGCAGAGUUUGUGGUCAAAUACUGAUAGCAUCAAUUAUUUAAAAUGUCAAAAGCAUGUCAUAACUAGAACAAAAAUGUUCAAUAGUAGCUAAUAAGGCUUUCAUUUGAUUCUCUAAUUAAAUGUGAGUAGAAAUAAGUAUGCAUCCAGAAAGAAAGAUAAAGGUCAGUGUUCAUGGAAUGUGGAAGGUCACUGAAUGUACUUUCAAUAUUUUAUCAGAAACUUACCCAGUGCCUGUAUAAAACAGAAGUGAGGAGGCUUUGUUUUCUACUUAUGGUAUUUUCUAUAAAUUCUGCAUCAAAUGUUUGUUCUUUGUUUUCCUUUUUCUAUUGCUGUCUUGAUUUCAGUACAUAAUUUCUAAUGAGAUUUCUUUCUAUAGAGAUAGGUACCAAAUAUUCUGUGCAAUUCCUUCAGAAGCACAUUUGUAUAGAAUGUUCUCUAUUUCAACUGCACUAAAAAGUACAACAGUCAACAUGUGACAUUAAUGGAAACAUAAUGACCUUAAAUUUUAGUAAUAUUUUUAACCAAGACUUCUUCUCGAAAGAAUGUAUCAGAACAUAUUUUCUGCACAUUUUGGUGUAUACAUAAUAUCCAUGAUACUAGAUGUAUUACUAUCUUACUGCUUCUGUAUUGUCAUUAGAUUGAAUUGGUAAAUCACAAUGUGUAUCUUUUUCCUUUCUUCUGUAAAAGGUUCCUUACUGUGAUCUAAAUUCUGUUCUAUUAUGUUUUGCAAAAUGGUCUAGUUCAAUUUUUUUUUCAAACUAUUAGAAAAUAUUUUGUGAGAAAUCAAGCUUUUAACAAUUCGGCCUAUGUACAGGUACCCUGCAUAUUUUUUGUAAAACCCUGCAAAAUGAAUGUAUGUAUUUGAAUAUAUGGAAAUGAAUGUAACUGUUGAAGACAGUGGUGAUUUUUCAUAUUGAAUAAUUUCAAUCAAGUUGUAAGGCAAAUUCAAUUGUAACUCGAUUGUUUACACAUUCAUUAAGACUGAAUGUUCCGAAAAUUAUUUGUAAGUAAAUUCAAUAAAUUGCAUCACUAUCAGAGGGCAAUUUACAUUUCAGGUAACGGCCGUAAAUAAUUUUUGGCAUUUUACUAGUUCUGAAAAUAGAAAUUACUCUGCAAGGCCACUUUUUGCAAAUAAAAUAUCUUUAUCCCAGUUUUCAAAUUGCUUUUUGUACUUCCAACAAGAAUUUCAAAAAUAUGUGCAUAUAUCGCGAUGACGACAUGCUUCCUGAAUCAAUCACUAUGUCAACGGUCCACAUCCGUUGAAUUGGAGCGAAAUUGGGCAAAAUAUACGAGUAUUGUGACGUCAUUCCCAGUUCCGCGCCA